AUGAUCGAUUUCGAGCCGUUGAAAUUCGACCCGCCGUCAGGCCCCGUCACAGGAGCGCUCGCGUCUCACAAGCUUGCUGCGCGAGCCGUGGCGAGAUUGAAAUCUCUCCCCGUCGGCGACGUGCGGUUGCUGUGUAACACCGUCGUGGAGGAGAUUGGCGAAAUGACUGGUUACGACCGCAUCAUGGUGUACAAGUUUCACGAAGACGAGCACGGCGAAGUGCUGGCGGAGUUUCUCAACAACCAGAAGAUCGAAUCGCUAACAGGCUUGCAGGAGGGAAAGAACCUGCCUUUUCCCGUCCGUGAUGGAAGAGACAGGGCACUGCAGGGAAGGGAACUCCCUGACCGGUUCCGCUCCUGGAUGGCGCGCCGCACGUUCAUGGAGAACAGGGUGCGCAUGAUAGUGGACAGCAAGGCGGCAGGGGUGGACGUGUUGCACCAGGGCGCGCUGCCGGGGGGGCUGUCUCUGGCGCACAGCACGGUGCGCAUGGUGCGGUCGUGCCACCGCGAGUACAUGGCCAACAUGGGCACCCUCGCGUCUCUCGUGCUAGCCAUCACCGUCAGCACCGGGGAAGCAGGGGCGGCAGCAGCUGCAGCAGCGGCGCCACCCAAUGACGUCGCUGGGGCUGGGAAGGCGGUUCGGGCCGAGCCUGGGCGGCGGCUAUGGGGGCUGGUGGUGUGCCAUCACUGCUCGCCGUGCAUGGUGCCCUACCCCACUCGCUCCGCCUGCGAGUUUCUUGUGCAGGUGUUUGCGGUACAGCUGAGCAAGGAAAUGGACCUGGCGAAUCAGCUCAAAGCAAAGCACGCGCUGAAGAUGCAGACGCUGCUGUGCGACAUGCUCAUGCGCGAGCCGCCCGUUGCCCUCGUCACCAAGACACCCAACAUCAGCGACCUUGUUCACUGUGAUGGGGCAGCUUUAUUGUACAACGGGCGGUGCUGGCGACUAGGGUCCACACCGUCUGAGCCUCAGGUGCUGAACAUAGCAGAGUGGCUGCUGACCCACCACAGCGACUCCACAGGGUUCAGCACCGACUCGCUGCUCAACGCCGGCUACCCCCACGCGUCUGACUUGGGCGAGGAGGUGUGCGGGCUCAUAGCCGUCAAGUUCAGCGAUAAAGACUUCCUCAUGUGGUUCCGGGCGCAUGCAGCGAAGGAGGUGAAGUGGGGAGGGGAGAAGCACGAUCCGCUAGACGUGGACGACCCCACACGCAUGCACCCUCGCACCUCCUUCAAGGCCUUCCUCGAGACGGUGCACAUGCGCUCUCAGCCCUGGGAGGAUGUUGAAAUGGACGCCGUUCACAGCCUGCAGUUGAUCCUUCGGUCCGCGCUGCAGGAGCAUGACGAGGUGAAGCGCAGACAGCUGAUGCUAGCGCGAGUUGCAGAGCUGCGGCUGCAGAGCAUGGACGAGAUCAACCAGGUGGCGAAUGAGACGGUGCGCAUCAUUGAGACCGCCACCGUGCCCAUCCUGGGCGUCAACCGCAACGGCCAGAUCAACGGCUGGAACAUGCAGAUUGCCAAGCUCACCGGUGUACCAGUGGAGGAGGCGAUGGGGCGCUCGUUCCUGCAGGAGCUGGUGGCGGAGGAGAGCAAGGCGGACACACAGAGACUGCUUGUAUCGUCAUUACAAGGCAGGGAAGAAUCGGACGUGGAGAUCCGCCUCAAGGUGUGGCGCAGCGGAGUGCCGGCGGGGGUGCUGAUCAUGCUGGUGAACAGCUGUGCCAACCGGGACAUUCACAACCAGAUCGUGGGCGUGUGCCUCGUGGGGCAGGAUAUCACCACCCAGAAGAUUGUUAUGGAUCGGUACAUUCGCUGCGAAGGAGACUACAGAACAAUCGUGCAUUCCCCCAACCCGCUCAUCCCGCCCAUCUUCGGAAUGGACGAGUACGGCAUCUGCAGCGAGUGGAACACGGGCAUGAGCCGCCUCACGGGGCUGGGGCGCGGGGACGUGCUGGGCAGGCUGCUGCUGGGGGAGGUGUUUGGGCUCGACAUGGCCAUGCUGAUGCUGAGGGAUGAGGAUGCCAUGACUGAGCUGGAGAUUGUGGUGAACUGCGCGAUGGAGGGGCAUGAGGACACCAGCAACCACCCGUUUUCGUUCUUUGCAAGAGAUGGCAAGCUGCAGGAGGUGCUGCUAACAGUGAGCAAGCGCACGGACGUGGACGGGCGCAUAACGGGCGUCUUCUGCUUCCUGCACUCCAUGAACCGCGAGGUGCAGGAGGCCCUUAAAGCCCAGGCCGCCGCCGAGACUGCCGCGCAGGCCCGCAUAGCGCAAUCAGACGUGGCCAGAGAAAGCCUCCGGGCGCCCCUUGACGGUCUAGCCUUCAUCCGCCUGUCUCUGCAGCGGUCAGCCAGCCUCUCGCCCGACCAGGUUCAGCUGCUUGAAACCGCCGCUGCGCUGGAAGAGCAGAUGAGAACAAUUCUGGCCGAUAUGGCGGAUUUGAAUGCGGUGGAGGAGGGUUAUUUGGACGUGCAGAGGGUUGAAUUCUCCCUGGUCUCGGUGCUGAACGCAUCGCUAAGCCAGGCGUCGGGAGCAGCAAUCGCCAAGGGGCAACAACUGGUCUGCUCAGUACCCAGCCCUAUGAGAGUGCGAGUAUUCGGCGAUCCCACACGGCUACAACAAGUGCUCGCCACGUGUCUCCGCACGGCUGUCGAGCACACGCCGCCGACUGGUUGGAUCGAGCUGAAGCUAGAAGCGCCGAUGAGAGGAGCGGCUGAUGUGCCGCCUCCGCAGGGGCACCCGUCGGCUGAACGGUUCAGAUUCACCGUCGCACACUCGGGGGAUGGGGUGCCGGGGCCGCUGGUGCAGGUGCUGGUGGGGAGGGGGGGCGUGGCAGCGACGGGGUUGCAGGGCAUGGCGCUGCGGUUGUGUCGGCGUUUGGUGCAUCUUCUGGGGGGUGAAUUGGGUUACGCGUUUGAGAGCGGGCGCUGCUGUUUUAGACUGGACUUGCAGCUGCCUGUGAAGCACAAGGCUGAAGCUACGGCUGGUAGCAGAGCGUGA